AUGGAAGCUCCAAAUGAGACCCUGGGAAAGCAAGAUAUGGAGGACUACUCAGGAAUGAACAAAACUCCAUUACCAUACCUCACCUUUCUUCCGUCACCCCAAAACCCUAACCCUAACUUCUUCUAUUCUCAUCUCAACCACCAUCCCUCUUCCACCACCACCAACUCAAUCACUUCACCACCGCCACCUCCGCCUCUGCCGCAGCCUCCCGAUCUCCCAACCGCUCUCUCAACACUCAAACACCUCAUCCACCUCUCCGAAACCGCCCUCCACUCCAUCUCCACUCUCCUCCCCACCAUCACCACCACAGCCGCCGCCCUCUGCCCCUGUCCUUUCAAUUUCCACCACCGCCUUCCGCCGGAAUCCCUCUUCCGCCACUCCCUCCAAUGCCCUUCUUCCCCUUCCCCCCUUCUUAACCUCGACCCCCUCCUACUCCAAUCACUACGCUACACCAACACUCUCAAACCCUCCCAACAACUCUUUAAUCAGAACCGCGUCCUUCAAACCAUACACGAUCCCAACUCCGACCUCUGCUUCUCCCUCGACGAUUACUGCGAGUUUGGCCCCAAUUUCUUCUACCGUAAUUGCCCCGGCGUAGUUAGCUCUGCCGAUCGAGAUAGUUCGAGCCGAACCUUCUCUCUCCCAGGUAUUCUAUCGAUUCAGUGUGCAAAUUUUGUAGGCAGUGAUAAUGGUGAAAUUAAGGGUUUCUCUAGGGAUUGUGUUACGCUUCUUCCUUCGGAGUUGUGGCUUGUUAGGAGCGAAAUCGAGUCAUGGAGGGAUUAUCCUAUUGCCUAUUCGUAUAGAGUUCUUCGGAUCAUUUUGUGUUCUGUUAUGGCUGAAGAUUGUGAUUUCCUUAGAUGGGUAAUUGUGAACUCGCCUCGUUAUGGUGUUGUGAUUGAUGUGCCUAUGAGGGACCAUAUAGUUUUGCUUUUUCAGCUUUGUUUGAAAGCAAUUGUGAGGGAAGCUACUGGUUCGGUGGAUUCAGUAUUGAACAGAGAUGCGAGGGAGUUGAAUCCAGCUGCUAUGAGUUUAAAGUGUCCCAUUUUGGUUGAGGUAUUGAAGUGGUUGUCUUUUCAGUUUUCUGUGUUGUAUGGUGAGGUGAAUGGGAAGCUUUUUGCCAUUGACACACUUAAACAGUGGAUGUUAAAUAUUUCAUUGAAUUCUUCAUUGUUCCUGUUGGAGCAAAAAGCCCCUGAAUCACCUGCUUCGAGAGAUGUUGAUGGUAAAUCUGUGGAGCCAUUUGAAAAGGGUGUGGAGGAUGAUGGAAAUAGUGUACUGGGUGAAUCCAUUAAUAGCAGAGUGAUUUUAGUUUCCCAAGUAGCAGCAGCUGUGGCUGCAUUGCAUGAACGGGCCUUGCUUGAAGAAAAAAUUAAGGCAUUACGCAGUACUCAAUCACUUACUAGUUACCAGCGGACGGCUGAGCACGCAUAUUUCUCAAAUAGAGCUGAUGAGGAGCGGCAAAAACGUCUUAAUUAUAGACCUGUCCUUGAACAUGAUGGUUUUCUUUGGCAGCGGCCACAUAAUCAGUCCACAAAUAAAGCAAAGACAAGAGAGGAGUUAUUAGCUGAAGAAAGGGAUUACAAACGUCGAAGAAUGUCAUAUCGUGGCAAGAAAUCAAAGCGAUCUACAACACAGGUGAUGAGGGAUAUAAUAGAGGAAUACAUGGACGACAUCACACAAGCAGGAGGUAUUGGUUGCCUAAUAAAGGGUACUGAGGAAGCUGGGAAGUUCACACCCGAACCUUCUUUGCAUGACAUCUCUUCAGAUGUGGAUAAGCUAAAGAAAAAUGUUUGUGACUCAUCCGAAAUAAGCAGAGAAUGGACUCAUGGUUACAAGAAACAGUUAGAUUCUCAUAAUAAUAUCAGAUCUACAAGAUUUGAGCAUGUGUCUUCUGAAGAUCGUAAGCGACAUAGACAGGAUUCUAGUCGGCACCAUGAGCAUUUAGACACUCGGAGAAGUGUAGAGAGAGACUGGCGUGAUAGAGAUUAUUAUUCCAAAAGCCCAGAUAGGCGCCGCUCACGUGACCACAGUAGUAAUCGUGAGCAUCGAAAUAAUGUGGAAUGGUGCAUGAAGAAUUUUUCCCGGAGCUCAGAUUCCGGCCACAGCCGGUCACAUGAGCGGCAGACUAAUCGUCGAACGGAGCAAAGUGAUUGGAAUUCAGAAACGAAAGAUAGACGACAAAGGCAUGCAUACAGGGAUCGCAGAUCAGGCUCUGUUACAUCCCAAGAGUUUGAGGACAGAUAUGAUCCCUCUGAAUCCCGCAACAUGUAUGAAGAUUAGUACCACUCAAAAGUGAUAUUUAGUAUUCCAAUAAUGGCAUGGUUUCUUUUUCCGCACUCGUGUUUUUGAGCAGCUCUCUACAUGUGCGUAAGAAGUCAUUCCGGCUUCAGCAGUUUUCCACACAUGUAUCCUCCUUUGUAUCCUUAGUUGUUGCAUUAUGCUUCUUGUCAUUUUGAAUUGUUCAUUUCUUUUUGCCCCCUUUUUAAUUGCAUCAUAAUUAACAGAUGCUAUGAUUUUUCUAAAAAAAAUUUCUUAGUUUUAUUCAUGGUUAGAGAACUGUUAAUUAUCUCGAAAGGUUGCUGACAGGGACCUUCUUGAUUCAGUUUGUUGCUGGUGUAAAAACAGGUUAUAGGGGGAGGCAGGUUUGGUUGCUAGGUUGAAUCUAGAAGUGCCAUGUUUUUGUUUGUUUGUUUUUUUUAUUUUAAAAUUUGCCUAUUUCUUGCCAUGCCACUGUGUUAAUUUGUGGUUGUUUUCUUCUGGAUUGGAGCUAUGUUCUAGUUAAGGUCGUCGUGGUAUAUUUUGCAGCAGAUGCUGUGCUGCUGAGCUUUGGUGGUUUUGCCUCUGCUAUUUCUGCUUUUCUGACGGUGGAUGCAGUAUCAGCUAAUGUUGAAUCUGUGUGGAUGAUGAUGAUUCUUGUUUGAAGCUCGAUGCUUAGAGGGUGUUUGCGUGUUUUUUUUUCUUCUUUUUUUUGGGUCCCUUGUCUUCAUAGUAAGGCUGUUUGAUUGGGUGCUCGUGUCGGUGCUGUUGGCUGAUGACAUGAAGGCUAUUUCCGCUGAUAUGUUUGGACCUCAGAUCCUGUUAUUGAUGUCUCUUUGGUGGCUGAUGUAUGUGACUGCGGUGCUGUUUUUUAAAGCAGCAGGUUCUUGCUGCUUCCGAGGGAAGUAGGCAGCUGUUUUUGUUUGUUAUAUGAUGAAAUUGAACUGGAAUUUUACUGUAAUUGAGUGAAAUUGUUGGAUUGUCUGGCGAAUAUGAAUGUGUAAAUUAUUUAUUUAUUAUUAUUAUUAUUUUUAUGGAAUUAAGCAAAAA